CGAGUACAUUUAUAGUGGUUUAUACGAGUCGUUCAUGAUAACAAGUGGUUCGAACAUCAUUUUUUGACGCGUUUAGAAGUUUGCGAUUCGUAACGGUUGAUUUUCAAAUUACUCGGAUGUGUUUUUAACGUUGUUAUUUUUUCGUACAUAUUUUCGUUGAUUAAUUUUUAGUCUAGAAUUUUUCGUUUCGCCCGCGUUUGAAAUCUUCUUUCGGUAAUUUUUCUAUCUUGUUCUUAUAUGCUGGUGUUAUCAGCUCUCGUGUAAUAUAUUCAUAUCAGUUCGAUAUAACGUAGUCAUUGCGCGCCCAACUAUGUUGGUCCUUAUGGCGAAAAUUCAUCAGUGUUGUGCUCGCGUGGCUUGAAAACCUUACAACACAAGGUGUUAUCAAAUGCGUGCGUUGGCGCCGCUAAAAAGGGCACGAUCGUCGCAGAAGAUGGAUGCUGGUACGAUAUCGAUUGAUUCGUAAAAGGAGACAACAACGUGACAUGAUUCUGGCUACAAGUUAGUUAAAAAUCAUUGAGUUGAUUGAAGAAGAUUUUGUUGGGGAGGUGGUGGAUUUGCCAGAACUGGUUUAUGAUGAUGUCGAGAUGUACGGUAUGGUCAGUGGUCACCACAAAAACCACCAAAACCAAAACGUCGAGAGUCCAGAACGGCCAAACCACACCUCCAAAUCGUUAUUCAGACGUGUAUUUAAUUUCCUAAAACAAACGUGGACAGGAGUUAAAUUCUCAUUAGAUUCUGAAUUAGAAGAUUUAGAAACUCAGCCGAUUCAUAGACCUCACAGUCUGAAAGCUUUAUGUAAAACCACCAAAUUCACUGAAAAAGAAUUAAAACGAAUAUACAGAUGUUUCAAAUCCGAAUGCCCAACUGGUAUCAUUAAAGAAGACGCAUUUAAAAAUAUCUACUCGCAGUUUUUUCCUCAAGGAGCCAAUACGAGUCAAUACGCGCAUUACGUUUUUAGUACUUUAGAUCAAUCGAAAAGCGGAUUUCUUCAUUUCGAGGAUUUAAUUCACGGUUUAUCAACUCUAUGCCGUGGAUCACUCGAGGAAAAGCUCAAAUGGACGUUUUCAUUGUACGAUAUAAACAAAGACGGCACCAUCAGUCGAGAAGAAAUGACAAUGAUUGUAACAGCUGUGUACGAACUAAUGGGCAAAUUCGCCGAACAAAUGAUGCAAGACAAUACCGUAUCCACCAAAGUUGACUCUUUGUUUCAGAAAAUGGACAUCAACAAAGACGGUCUGGUAUCGUUAGAAGAAUUCCUAGAAUGCUGUAAAUACGACGAAGAAAUCAAACGAUCGAUGGCAGUAUUCGAAACGUCAUUUUAGAACCAAUACAUAUCGGAGAAAAAUUAAACUCGCGAUGACACUUGACUGUGGAUUUUCGACGCCAUAGGGUCCAAAUUUUGAUGACUAAGCGUGCAUAUCGUAAAAAGAAAACCCAUUACAAAUGACUAUAAUGACAUUUUUUUAUAAAAAUCAUAUCAUAUGCAUACGCUUUGAAUUACACAGUACGUAUCUUACCUACUUCUACAAUGUGACUUGAGAAAUAGUUUGAGAGGAACGUACAUCCUUGAUAUUUCGAAAAACCUAUUCCUAUCAUUUUAUAUUGAAACUGCAUGUAGACUAUUUUAACAUUACGUAAGUUAUAGUUUGAAAGACAAAGACUUUUAACGGUUCACACGCUGAUUUAAAAGAAAAAAAAUUUACCAACGGAAUUACUCGGUUUGAGAAUACUUUGGUCUUGAGAGUUUCGUCAGCACCGAGAGAAUUUCAUUUCACAGUUAUCGAAAGGGGAUGAGGUGAUGAAAGUUGCCAACAAAUUGUCGACGAGUUGCAAACUAUUCAUCUACUAGUCUCUGUGAACCGUUAACAAUCUUUCAAGUUUUAAAAAUACCGAAGAUGUUUGUUAAGUAGUACAUAGUUUUGUACAUAGUGUUGUUUUGUGUAUGUACCUAUUUUACAAUCGUUAUAUCGAAUAUCAUUCUCUUAGAGAACGUGUUACGUACCAUAAUCUUUUACCUUCGCUCGUCGAAACGUCGAUUCGAGUAUAGUACCUUUUCAUGUGUACGUCGAAACGACUAAAAAUUUAUAUUUAUUUUACGCUUGAUGGACAUUUUUAAAUUAUCAGUAUUAUAAUCUAAUGUACUUACUACUUUUUUUUUUCUUGUGUGUAAUUUUUUUUUAUACAUAUGGUAAUCCUAUACGCUGCGAAAUUAUAUUAAUUAUGAUAAUUUUAGGAUUAUCGGUAUUAUGCUCCGAGUAUUAUACUCGUACAUACUUUGUGUAAUAGAUACGCCAGCGCCGCAUUUAGCUUCACAACACAGAUUAGAAUGUUGUUCGUGUGUCGUGUGUGUGUGUGUUAAAUUUUGUUCGUUGUAUUCUUAUAAAUUCGCGAUUCGUAUUUGUAGAAAUGGGAUUAAGUUAUCAAUGUAUCGUAAAAUGUUGCUUAAUCGUAGGUCAUCAUUUGGUAAUACAGAACGCAGCUGGCAGAAUUAUCCCAGAUCAUUUUGUCUCAUAAAACAUUUCAUAAACUUUAUAAGUUGCAUGAUCAAAUAAUGUAAAUCAAUCAAAUAGGCAACUUAACAGACUCACGAAUCAUUUAUUUUGAGGUCUUCCUUGCGACUAAAAAUUUAGGCAAUUUAUUUAACAUACAAUGUCGUAUAAGUUGCCUAACUCAAUUAUUUCUCGAAAGCACCGAAGUAGGCAACCUGAUUGACGUAGAAAUAUGAAAAGUUCGAGACUUUUUGCUUGACUGAAAACUUGGACAAUUUAUUUGGAAUAAUAAUGUAGUAUUAGGUGCCAAAUUUGAGCAUCCUGAGAAAGCACAAAAGUAGGCAACUUGACUAAAUCAGUAAUACAUAUGACGGGUUGAGAACUCAUUCCUUGAUUUUAAGCUUAGGCAACUUAUUCGACAUCGAACGUCGUAUAAGUUGCCUAAUUCGAACAUCUGCGAAUGAAGCAACUUUUGUAGGUCAUAAAGAGGGCAGUUUAUGCAAAUUUCUAGUCAUUUGACAGAAUUACUUGGUCAUUUUACCAUAAUGUCUCAUCCGUCCAAGCUACUCUAUAACAAUACUUAAUCUACCUAUUUAUUAGUCGCAAAAUAAUAUUGAAAAUUGCCAUAAUGGAAGUUGUUACGAAGAAUUAAAAUCCUAAAUAAGAGUCUGGUAGGGAAACAAUAAGAGUAUACAUUCGCCUUUAAAAUGUUUUUAAAAAAAAUUAAACGCAUUCGUGUAAAUAUUAAGUUACGUUUAUGUGUGAUAACGUUUAUGUUCAUUAUUAUAUAACUUAUGUUGUUAAAGUUUUUUCCAUGUUUAAUUUUGUUACCGUUUUUUUUAUGUAUUCGCCGAAAUAUUAAGCGAAUAAAUUUAUCGGUGUAAAUAAAUAGUAUUCAUUUCCGUGUGA